GAUACGAUUGAAGUGUUUGAAUGAGUGGAGGUGUCAAGUCAAUAGAUGAUUCUUGAUUCUUGGGGCUCAAGAAUGAAAGAGAGUUGGGUACAAGACUAACUGUGGAAUAGUUGAAACAGAGAACAGCGAAUUUGAGAAAUGUCUACACAUAGCUCCAGUGACAUCAAGCCUCCCUGCAUGCCCAGGAACGGACUAGUCAAGAUUCCAGCCCAGUCCAAUGGAUUAGGAUCAGCCAGUAUCACCAAAGGAACCCCUGCCGCUAAGAACCGACUGUGCCAGUCCUCAUCAAUUCCAACAGUGCUCCCACCACCUCUACCUAACCACAGUGAACUGGCUUCACUAGCCCAGGCAGCACACGUGCCCUCCUCAUCUCUGUGUGGACUGACUGACUCUAUUCCACUGGUGGAACCAAACUCUAACAAGACCUCACCAAGUACAUGUCAGCCAUCAGGGUCCAAACGAAAACUGUCACUGUCUUCAAUGGAAGGACAAUUGCCUAUAUUGGAUGAGAAGAUCAUCAACCGACUCUUCUGGUACUUUUCUUCUUGCGAGAGAUGUGUUUUGGCGCAGGUGUGUAAAGUGUGGAGAAAGGUCUUGUACCAGGUCAAGUUCUGGGAAGGCAUCACGCCCAUUCUCCAUGCAAAGGAGUUGUACAAUAUCCUUCUCAACGGAGAGAAGGAGUUUGUCAACCUGCAAGGAUUUGCCAUCCGUGGCUUUGAUUCUUUCUGCCUGAUUGGAGUCUCUGAUCUGGACAUUUGUGAGUUUAUAGAUAACUACCCUCUCUCCAAGAAAGGUGUGAGGUCAGUGAGCUUGAAAAGAUCAACAAUCACUGAUGCAGGACUUGAGGUUAUGUUGGAGCAGAUGCAGGGGCUGGCCCAUUUGGAGCUGUCAGGUUGCAAUGAUUUCACAGAAGCAGGCCUGUGGUCGAGCCUUAACGCACGGAUUACCUCCCUGAGUGUCAGCGACUGCAUCAACGUAGCCGACGACGCCAUCGCCGCCAUUUCGCAGCUGCUGCCCAACCUGACCGAGCUGAAUUUACAGGCCUACCAUGUGACGGACACAGCCAUGGCCUAUUUCACCGCCAAGCAAGGGUACAGCACGCACACGCUGCGCCUGAACUCCUGCUGGGAGAUCACCAAUCACGGCGUGGUGAACAUGGUGCACAGUCUGCCCAACCUCACCGCCCUCAGCCUCUCCGGCUGCUCCAAGGUCACCGACGACGGCGUGGAGCUGGUGGCGGAGAACUUACGCAAACUGCGCAGCUUGGACCUCUCGUGGUGUCCACGCAUCACUGACAUGGCUUUGGAAUAUAUUGCGUGUGAUCUGCACAAGCUAGAGGAGCUGAUAUUGGACAGAUGCGUGCGGAUUACUGACACUGGACUUGGCUAUCUCUCUACAAUGUCUUCCCUGCGCAGUCUAUACUUGAGAUGGUGUUGUCAGGUGCAAGAUUUUGGUUUACAACAUCUCUUUGGAAUGAGGAGUUUACGAUUUCUUUCAUUAGCAGGUUGUCCAUUGUUGACAACUGCUGGCCUCUCAGGCUUAAUUCAGUUGCAAGACUUGGAGGAGCUGGAACUCACCAACUGCCCUGGGGCUACGCCUGAGCUCUUCAAAUAUUACUCACAGCAUCUACCCCGCUGUAUGGUGAUUGAAUAAGGACAGCAGGGAUUGGCUGUUUUCACACAAGUACCACCCCCAGCCAAACCCAGCACUGAUGACCAAUCAGAGUGAAGCUUGGAGACGAAUCUGCGUCGGCUCAAAUGAUCGGAAUAAUGUUUUUCGUGGCGUCAGGAAUGAGAAAGAAACUGUGAAUAUUAACAAAUUGAAAUUCUUUUUGCUUUGGUGUGCACCAGAGUCAUCCCAUUCUCUGUCUGGAUGUGUGAAUUCCACAAUCAUUCCUGCUCAUCACACUGCUCUUUUUAACUAAACGUGGAGUGGUUGUGACCAGGCUUGUUCUGAGCAUGUGCAGCGUUCGCGGGUAGCCGCUGUCACAUGCUGCUGCUGUAACUCUUGUUGUUUCAGUGCUGGAUCUCUGUAAUGUGUCUUAACGUCUGUGUAGAUUUCCGUUUGCUGAAGUGUUUCCCACUGCGGAUGUGAGGCUGUAACUCUCUUGUUAGGAGCGAGUUGUGAUGACCAUCCCUCGUACCAGAGGAUGGAUCUCUUUUGGAGGUGCUUGCCAACUCAUUCUGUUGACUCUAUCUGACUAACAAAGGAAACAUGUCUCCACCAGCCCUCACAUCAGCAGAUAAUUCUCUUUUUAACUUAGUAUUCUCCUUUUCAGUUACUAAGGCUGGCUGGUUCACCGCUGAAAUCUAUAAGAAGAAGAAAGUGGGGGAGCUGGAUUGGGAUUUAGAUGAUUGAGUGCAAUGGGUGCCAUUUUUCCAUCCAGGUCAAAGGACAAAUGGGGAGAAGGUCAGCAUCAGCGAUGGCCCAUUUCAUUCCUUAAGACUUCAGAGAUGGGCUGAUCUGGACUGUUUUGAUACCUGCAAGAGUUUGUUUUCAUAGAGACCAAAAGAAGCCCACUCUGAUUCUGUGCCUCCUGUGAGAGCAGGAUGCCUCUGGGACUUUCUUACUGUGUAUAUUUUUCUGUCUGUUUGGAUACUCUUUAAAAAAAAGUUAUAGCUUAUAUUUGCUAAGUGUUUUCCUGUGCUGUUGCCCACUGGCUCGCCUGUGAUUUAUAUACUGCAUCGCUUUAAACGAAAAGGUACAGGAAGAGAUUGAGACAAUGAAAGUGAAGAGGAAGGUGUGCACUCCAUAUGCCACUUGUAAAAGCAUCAAGUUCUUCUACCACACCCCCUUCACCCCCACCUUCCCCACCAAACAACGAAAUUUUACAAAAUCAUUCAAAGCAGAAGCUGAAUAUUAUUUCUAACAUUGCUUUCCGCUGGAUUGUGAUGCCUUUGUUGUGUACAGUGUGAUGCUUCCAU